GUUGAGUGCGAGGAGUUUGGGAUUUCAUUGGGGAAGGACUUCCUUUGUAGUUGCUGUUGAAUGGAAGCUGCGCUGCGUAUGUGACACGUAACUAAAAUUGAAAGUGUUUGUAGGCCUCGUAUAUAUCGGGAUUUUGAUUUAUAUUAUACAGGGAUGGACAAAUUCUGAACGCGUUGCAAUGGGAAUCUGUUACAUCCGGUCUGGUUUUGUUUCCGAAUAGAGUGAGCGUUGCUUCUACAUUAAUAAGCACAAUGACAAAUUCUGCUUCUCAUGAAAUAUCGGAGAGAGUUUUCCGUGUGUAGUGUUGUCAAACGAAAAUCCAAGGAAAAGUUUUUUUUAAAUAAAUUUAAAAAACGUAUUCCUUCGUGGAUGUGGCUACGCCGUUUUGUGGGCCAAAAUGAAUCGAACAUAUUCACUAAACUUGCCUCAUCUUUAAAGUGUUUCUGGUUCCCUCUGUUUAAUAAUGCUUGGGGACGACUGAGGUGAGAAGGGGCUUGAGGUAGUUAAUAGUAGAAAGUUUAGACGAAGUUUGCACACAAGUGACCCGACGAUCGCUUGUGCAGGCGGCGGGGAGAGGAGCGAUUCAAUCAUGGGGAACGGAGUGUGUUCUCGGAGGCAGCGGAGAAUCUUCCAGUCUCUCCUUCUCAUCACGGUGCUUUUCGGAAUGAUUUAUGGCGGGAUGAUAUCGUAUGAGAUGCACAAUCAGUUGAAGAGGACUGAGGCGAUGGCUGUCAAGUACCAGCAACAUCAAGAGUCGCUCUCGGCGCAGCUUCAAGUGGUGUAUGAGCAUCGCUCGCGUCUAGAGAAGUCUCUGCAGAAGGAACGUAUGGAGCACAAGAAGGCCAAAGAGGAUUAUCUGGUGUAUAAACAUGAAGCCCAACAGUCACUGAACACGGAGAAGCAGGACUCCAGCAAUAAAUUCAACUCUUUACAUGGACAGCACCAGAUGCUGAAGAAGCAGCAUGAGGACCUAAAGAAGCAGCACUAUGAGCUGCAGGAGCAGCAUCAGAUUCAGGGAGAGGACCACGGCAAGGCCUUGGACGAACACAAGGACCGCUUCGACAAACUACAGCAGACCAAAGAGAUGGAAGUCUCCAAACUCAAAGAGAAUGUGUAUAAUCUGCGAGAGGAGAAUAAGCAGCUGAGGAAAGCUCACCAGGACAUCCGAGUCCAGUUGCAGGAUGCACGGAUAGUACAUAAGGACUUGAAGGUUGCCCAUGAUCAGCUUGCACUGACGCUAGAAGACCACAAGAGCGCGCUGGUUGCAGCUCAGGUCCAGGUGGAUGAGUAUAAACAACUCAAAGAGACCCUGAUCAGAAUGCCCAGCCUUCGACAUGAUCAAAACCCCUCCCACCAACAUGUCCAGCCAGCUGCUGUUUUGGCUAAGCCCCAUGAACAGGGCCCACCCUCUCCACAGUCAGCUGCCUUAUUCGCUGAGCCCCGCGUAGAAGCACACACCCACGAGGAAGACCAUGGGGACACACAAUCCAGGCAUCUGCAGGAAGAGGAAGUGGGCAAGCCAGAGUUCCAGUCUCAGCCUGCCCAGUCCCGCCAUGCCGAGAAAGGGGGAUAUGGGGAUGCAGAGGGGGAGGCAGAGAGGAGGAGAGAGCUGGAGGAGGAAGAGAUGGAGCAGGCGGGGCAGCCCCAGAAGCUGGAGGAGGAGUCUGAACAACCGCAGGAGGACGAGGGGUUGGAGGAGGAACAAGACCAGCCAGACGACAACGCUCUGGACCGUCAGAGACGCCAACCACAACUGGAUCCACAAAAUGACAUCCACCUCGUCCCUGAGACCCACCUUCAGCAGGAGGCCCACGUGACCCAGGAGCGGGUGAAGUCCGCCUACGAGCAGCAGCAGGAGCAGCAGCACCUGGAGGCUGAGAGGACCCAGAGGACGAGGGAGCUCCAGCUGCGCCAGGAGGCCCUGCUGGCCCAGAGAAUGACCGUGCAGAGGGAGAGAGAGCUGCGUCUGCGAGCUCAGCGCGCGAGAGAGGAGGAGCAGCAUCGAGAGGCGGACCGUCGGGAACAGCUGCUGAAGGAGGAGCAGAUCAGGAAGAAGAGUAACUAUGAGAACGUGGACAAUGACAUCGUCCAAGGUGAUGAAGAACCUCAUACUGAUGAUGACGAAGAGAGGGACCCUCACAUGGAGCAUGAAGAGGAGGAGCAAGAUGAGGAGGACCACCGCCGAGUACCACAACUACAGGAGGGGGCGGUAGAGGGCGACCCAGAGGAUGACCCUAAUAACCAGGGAGAGGAUGAGUUUGACGUGGCAGAGGAGCAGCAUCUUCAGCAUAGGGAGGAAGAGGAGGCAGACACGCACCCUAACCCCAAUCACCCAGCCGUAGACGAGGAACUGGUGAUGGCGGUAAACCCCGACCAGCAGGAAGACAACCGGGAUGAGAUGUAUCCGGAGGACGAGGUACAGGAGGAUUUGGCCGGGGGGCAGAAGAGGGAGGAGGAGGAGCCAUACAACGAGGAGAACGAAGAACAUGAAGAAGUGAAAGAGCAAGAGGUCCCAGCAGAGAAAGAGGGAGAACACAGGACAGGAGAGAUCCACGAGGAGGAGAACUACGAAGACGAGGAGGUGGGGGUUGGACGGGACGAGCGGCCCAAUCGAAGGGAGAUGUGAGCUGGACAGAGACAUUGACCAAUGAGAGUGCCUUUCCCCAUCACUGGGAGCCAAUCAGAUCUCACUAUUGUUCCCUCUAAAGGAGUAAAAUCAGGCACCCACUCGGCAUUCCGAUUGGAAUUCUAUUGGAAUGUCUGUUGGACAUGGGAUGGUAUUCCCUUUUGUUUGUGUGUGGGACUGGAACAAAGAUUUUGGUUUAUUAGUAUUUCUCCUUUGCAAAGAUAAUCCAUCCACUUGACAGGUUUGUCAUAUCAUGAAGCUGAUUAAACAGCAUGGUCAUAUUAUACAGGUUUUAACCUUGUGCUGGGGACAGUAAAAGGCCACACUAAAAUGUGCAGUUUUGUCACAACACAAUGCCACAGAUGUGUCAAGUUUUGAGGGAGUGUGCAAUUGGCAUGAUGACAGUAGGAAUGUCCACCAGAGCUGCUGCCAGAGCAUUUAAUGUUAAUUUCUCUACCAUAAGCCACCUCCAAUGCCGUUUUUAGAGAUUUUGGCACAACCUCAGACCAUGUGUAACCACGCCAGUCCAGGACUUCCAGCUCCGGCUUCUUCACCUGCGUGAUCUUGAGACUAGCUUCCUUCCGGGGGGGGCUCAUUCUGACUGGCUGAACCUGGGAGGGCACAGGCCCACCCACUUGCAAGCCAGGCCCACCCAUGGCUGAGCCCCUGCCCAGUCAUGUGAAAUCCAUAGAUUAGGGCCUAAUGAAUAUAUUUCCGUUGACUGAUUUUCUUAAAUGAACUGCAACUCAGUAAAAUCUUAGAAAUAUUUGCAUGUUGCGGUAAAAAAACAAAAAGUGUGUGUGUGUGUACACACACCUUCACACACACACCUACACACACACCUUCACACACCUACACACACACACACCUUCACACACACACACCUACACACACACACACCUACACACACACCUUCACACACACACACCUUCACACACACACCUUCACACACACCUUCACACACCUACACACACACACACACACCUUCACACACACACUACACACACACACACCUUCACACACACACACACACAUCUCUUUCCAUCUAGUGACCUAUCAGACAGGCAUGAGAAGGUCAUGUUGCUGUACACUAUCUGUUUGUGCCCAGAAAGAGAUGGAAGAUUUGUGUCUAUAUGAGUGUCAGUCUUUUAAAUUAGUUUUGUACAAUUUUUUUUUUUUUACACCAAAUUCCUCGCAAUGUACGUUUUUUAGUAGGACAUGCUUUCCAAUCUGCUGUUUUAUGUAUUAUUAUGAUCCUUAUGGGUGGAUCUGACAAUGAUUCUCCAACGUUCUCAAAGCGUUAUGAAAUCGACUGUCAUUCCUGCAGGGAAGAACUGCUGUAUCACGGAUGACAACAGUAGGGGGAAAAAAGCAGCCGUUCAUUUUCAUUCUUCUGUUUGACUUGUCGACGUUGCUGGUCCUCUUGUUACUAGCUGAGUACGCAUUGCCAGUGGAUCACAGGUCCUUUCAUAGUGUAGUUGACCUGUUGACCUGGAUGUAAAUCACAAAUGUCCACUUGACCUGUUCACCCAAUCCUUAAUCACUACUGUCUAAUGUAUAGAAAUACACACAUUUGGACAUAUUUUUC